UGGAAAGUUCCAGAUUCAACAUGGCGGCCCCCGGCGAUAAUUUUUCCUCUCCAACUGCCGAAUCCCUUCACAGAAAAACUGGGAGCCGCAAAACUGCACCCAAGGACUACAAAAAGAAGAAGAAACCGAAGCCAAAGCCUGUGACAGAAGUGAGAGUGGACAGGUCAGUGAUUUCUAAGUUACAUGUGCUGAAUAAAGAACUGGACACGGUCAGGAGUGACCAGUCUCUGUCCCAGGGCACCAAGCAGGCAAGGGUCAACAAACUGGAGACAGAAAUACAAAAGAUGGGAGGACUGGAUGCUUACCAGGCAGCCUCGAAACGUGGGGCCUGUUGCCAUGGCAACACGACAACGUCCAACUGGGUCAUCAAACAGCUGAAAAAGUUCAAGGUCAAACCAGCUUCAGAGAUAAAGAGACUAAGACUGUUAGACGUGGGAGCUCUUGAUAACCACUACCACAGACACGGUUGGCUGGACUGUACAGCUAUAGACCUGAACCCACAGACCGACAGGGUCACUAAGGCAGACUUCUUUCACUAUCAGGUAGAAGAAGGACAGGAAUACGAUGUUGUCGUGUUGAGUCUCGUCAUCAACUUUGUGGGAGACCCCAAGAAAAGAGGGGACAUGCUGAGACACUGUUGCCAUGUGACAAAGGAAAAUGGUCACCUGUUUGUAGUGCUGCCCCUCCCCUGUCUCUCCAACUCCAGGUACCUGACACACCAGCUGUUCUGUGACAUGCUCCACAGUCUGGGCUUCCAGAAACUCCGUUGCCAUGACAGCAAGAGGCUCAGCUUCUUCAUGUUCCAGAGGAUAGGAAAGAGGAGAUCGAAGUCUUUUCCUAAGCAAGUGGUGAGGACAGGGCCAAAUCACAACAACUUCAGCAUUGUUCUCUGACUUUCGCAUUGGAGGACAUUAUCCGGAUGAUCUGUGACUGUUUGAAUAUGUACAUAAUAAAUGGGAUCGUUAUGAUUAUUUGAAAUUAGGAUAGUUAAAUAAAUUUUGAUGAUUGCAAAUGCCUUGCUUAUGGUUAAUACUGAUAAGUUAACCUUUGAUAUGUUGAAAAGUGCAAU